AUGACGACGUCUGCUGUGUCAAAUAAAUCGUCAUCAUCUGACGCCUCAGGUGAAACGGUCAACACGAUGGGCCCAGGCAAUGUCAGUAACUUCUACUGUCAUUUUCAAGAAGAUUUUAAAUACAUUCUGCUUCCAGUCAGCUACUCACUUGUGUUCGUGUUUGGCCUGGCACUUAAUUUCACAGCGGUAUAUGUUAUUGUGUUCCGCACAAAACGCUGGAACCCCUCCACUAUCUACAUGUUCAACCUAACAGUGUGUGACACGCUUUACAUCCUCACACUGCCCUUCCUCAUUUACUACUACGCCGUUAAAAAUGACUGGCCCUUCGGAGAACUGUUCUGCAAGCUCAUACGCUUCCUCUUUUAUACCAACUUAUAUGGUUCUAUUCUAUUCCUGUGCUGUAUCAGCCUUCAUCGCUUUGUAGGCAUCUGCUAUCCAGUCCGCUCCUUGAAGUGGAUCAGCGCUGGUCGAGCCAAACUGGUGUCAGUGGCUGUUUGGGUCUGUGUUUUAUUCUGCCAGGCACCUAUUCUUUACUUCUCAAGAAUGAGGGAUGUGACCACAGAGAGGAUUUGUUAUGACACAACCAGCCCGGAGUUCUUCGACGACUUCUUGGUGUACAGCUCGGCCGUGACGGUGUUCAUGUUUGUGCUGCCCUUCAUGGUCCUGUUAGUGUGUUAUGGCUUGAUGGUGCAGAAGCUUCUGGAGCCCAGUUGGGGUAGCGAUACUUUAGCACAGGGUGGUGGAGCAGACCAAGAAGCCAUUCCCACGAAGCAGAAAUCAGUCAAGAUGAUCAUCAUCGUGCUGGCAACCUUCAUGCUUUGUUUCCUGCCGUUUCACCUCACCAGGAGUCUGUAUUAUUGUUUCCGAUAUCUGAGACAGUUCAAUCCUGCACAGGUCAGCUGUUAUUUGCUGGAGGCAUCCAGUAUUGCAUAUAAAGUGACCAGACCAUUUGCUAGUGCCAACAGCUGCAUGGAUCCAAUCCUUUACUUUUUAGCUGGACAGGAUGCCCGCACUAAUCUCACCAGGAAGAAAAUGUUCCUCAGAAGACAAGAUGAGAGUGAAGGAUGGUCGUUAGAACCCACACAGCAUGGGCAUCGCCAGACAUAUUUAACUGGGGCACGUGCCCAAGUAUCAGUCUGCAGCGGCCCAGUAUAA